UAUAUACCUCGGCAAACCUGCAGCCAGAGCAUUUCACAACCAACAGCGACCAGGCAAGGACCUAUCUCGUGCGACGACCAGAGGCUCACAAAUAUAUAAGAGAUGAAGACCCAACAUUUGAUUAAACAGACAGCACACACGUGCCCGCCCAUCACACACGCAGCGGUGAUCACUGACCGGCGCAGCAAUUUCCAAGGGCACGCUGCGCAAGUACACAGUGUAGCAGAUGUAGAAGCAGUACUCAAGGAACUGAAACUGAACUCUAAAAUCCAGAACGCUAAACACAAUGUGUUUGCGUAUAGGAUCUUAGUGGAUGGAAAAUUGCUUGAACACGACGACAACGACGGGGAGAGAAAAGCGGGCGGCAGGCUCCUGCAUUACUUGAAGAUACGGGAUCUGCAGAAUGUGGUCGUGGUCGUGACCAGAUGGUUUGGCGGCAUUAUGCUUGGCGCAGACAGGUUCAAGCAUUACACAGAAGCAGCCAAGCAGGCCGUAGAGAGCGCCGGCUUGGACCGCCCCUCUGCGCCCAAGUUGACCAGCAAGUCACGGCGUCGUUAGGGCGCUCAGAUUACGAUUACCAGCUUUAUAUUUACAAUUGUACAUACUAUCACGCUUGUUUCCCAUUGCGGUAGA